CUGAGCCAUUCCAAAUCACAGAUGAAAACACAUCCGCCCUGACUGGAGGAGGCCAGCGUUUCCUAACUUCAAAAGAAGUCUCUAAUCUUCCAAGAAAUUGCUAGUCUUGAACUUGGCUCUUCUGAACUGAAUAAUGGACCUUCAAGGCACUAAAGAAAUGAUUUGGUUGCUAAUGCGUUCUUAUUAUGUCCCAGGGAGCUAAAAUUUCCAUAUUGAUUAGUCAACAGUGGAAAAUCUGAAGAGAUGCGAGCUGGAAAAAGAAACUAAACCAGGCCUGAAGAGCGAUGCGACAGGCAUGAUGGAGGUCGAGUCCUCCUACUCGGACUUCAUCUCCUGUGACCGGACGGGCCGCCGGAACGCAGUCCCUGACAUCCAGGGAGACUCCGAGGCCGUAAGCGUACGGAAGCUGGCUGGCGACAUGGGCGAGAUGGCCCUCGAGGGCGCAGGAACUACCGUUUGCCGAGCACAUGCUGGGACUCUAGACACUCCACACAAAUAUCCUGACCCUCACCAGCUACAAAAGGACAGGCGGAGGUGGGCACCCCAGACAAGGAAGGCAGCAAUCAGCCCAAGAGCAGCGAUGGGACCACCUCAUCUUGAACAUGACCUUGCCCGAGGAGGCUGGAAGAGAGACGCGCUGUGGACGGAAAGCCCUGGCACUGGCCCGGCAGCCUUUCCGCUGAGCAAUGUGUUCCAGGCAAGCCAGGCCAGACUGAAAGGCAGCCCCAGAGGCUCCCGUGGCCCCUACCCUGGGAAGGCCCUCUGCCCACACCCCCAGGCUCCACGCUCCCACCACCUCCUCACUCGCCCGGGGUACACUUUCAAGACACUGUAACCACAGGAUGUUAUUUAUUCAGCAGGUGCUGGGACUCGGGGGCUGGGUCCUGCCACCUGGGUGAACAGCCUGGGCAGGGACCGCAUUCUAGCUCUGCCCCCUCUUCUCCAACCCAGCCAGCCUUCUGUGUCAGGACCUUCUUACCCCUUUUUUAAGAAGCACUUUUAAACUUUUUAGAAACUUUAAACCUUUUCUCAGCAGAGAGGGAGGGAGCUGACAAUUUACCUUUUAUUUUGGAAGCCAUUGUAAGUUAAACUUUUUGACCAUCUAUGCAGCUCUGAGGUUCCCUCAUGGAGCUUCACAGAUCUAUUUUUAGGGAAGGGAUCUUGUGCUCAAAACUCUCUGAUUAACUCUUUGCCCUUUCUACCAAGAUAAGUGACACCUAGGACCCAGGAAAUAAAUGCUGAUGAUUUGUGUGA